AUGGGCCCACGGAGGCCUGUGCUGCGGUCGCCGCUGCUACUGCUGUUCCUGCUACUGUUCUUAGACACCAGCGUCUGGGCUCAAGAUGAAGUCCUGGAAAGCACCAGCUCGAACUGUCCAAAAGAUGCAACCCGAUUCAAGCACCUCCGGAAGUACGUGUACAACUAUGAGGCAGAGAGUUCCAGCGGCAUCCGGGGCACUGCUGAUUCCAGAAGCGCCACCAAGAUCAACUGCAAGGUAGAGCUGGAGGUCCCCCAACUCUGCAGUUUCAUCAUGAGGACCACCCAGUGUACCCUUAAAGAGGUGUAUGGCUUCAACCCUGAGGGCAAGGCCUUGAUGAAGAAAACCAAGAACUCUGAUGAGUUUGCAGCUGCCAUGUCCAGGUUCGAGCUCAAGUUGGCCACUCCUGAAGGGAAACAAGUGGUCCUUUACCCCGACAAGGACGAGCCUAAACACAUCCUGAACAUCAAGAGGGGCAUCAUUUCUGCCCUGCUGGUUCCUCCUGAGACAGAAGAGGACAAGCAAGUGUUGCUCCUGGAUACCGUGUAUGGAAACUGCUCAACUCAGGUCACCGUGAACUCGAGAAAGGGCACCGUGGCAACAGAGAUGUCCACAGAGAGAAACCUGCAGCAAUGUGAAGGGUUCCAGCCCACCAGCACGAGUGUCAGCCCUCUGGCCCUCAUCAAAGGCCUGGUCCGCCCCUUGUCAACUCUGGUCAGCAGCAGCCAAUCUUGCCAGUACACCCUGGACCCCAAGAGGAAGCACGUGUCUGAAGCCAUCUGCAAUGAGCAGCACCUUUUCCUGCCUUUUUCUUACAAGAACAAGUAUGGGAUCAUGACUCAAGUCACACAGACGCUGAGGCUUGAAGACACGCCAAAGAUCAACAGUCGCUUCUUCAAUGAAGGUACCAAGAAGGUGGGUCUGGCCUUUGAGAGCACCAAGUCCACAUCACCCACAAAGCAAACAGAGGCUGUUUUGAGUACUCUUCGAGAACUGAAAGGACUGUCUGUCUCGGAGCAGAAUGCUCAGAGAGCAAAUCUCUUCAAUAAACUGGUUACUGAGCUGAGAGGUCUCAGCGAGGAGGCGGUCGCGUCUCUCCUGCCACAGCUGAUUGGACUGUCCAGCCCCAUCACUCUACAAGCCUUGGUCCAGUGUGGACAACCCCAGUGCUACACUCACAUCCUCCAGUGGCUGAAAACGGAGAAGGCUCACCCCCUGCUGGUUGACAUUGUUACCUACCUGGUGGCCCUGAUCCCAAAUCCUUCAACCCAGAGGCUGAGGGAGAUCUUUAACACCGCCAAGGAGCAGCAGAGCCGAGCCACCUUGUAUGCCCUGAGUCACGUGGUCAACAACUAUUAUGAUGCAGACCUUUCAAGGAGCCGCGAUCUGCAAGAUGUUGCUGGUUACCUGUUGAAACAGAUUGACAAUGAGUGCACGGGGAAUGAAGACCACACCUACUUGAUCCUGAGGGUCAUCGGAAAUACGGGCAGAACCAUGGAACAGGUAAUGCCAGCACUCAAGUCCUCAGUCCUGGAUUGUGUGAGAAGCACAAAACCCUCGCUGCUGAUUCAGAAAGCUGCUAUCCAGGCCCUGAGGAAGAUGGAACUGGGGGAAGAGGUCCAAGAGAUCCUUUUUGAUACAUUUGCGAAUGGUGCCGCUCCUGUGGAGAAGAGACUGGCUGCCUAUCUCUUGCUGAUGAGGGGCCCUUCCUCAUCAGAAAUUCGCAAAAUUAUCGAGCUUCUCCAAUUGGAGCAGAGUGAACAGGUGAAGAACUUCGUGGCAUCUCACAUCGCCAACAUCUUGAACUCAGAAGAACUGUAUGUCCAAGAUCUGAAGAAUUUGAUCGAAAGUGCUCUGGAAGGCUCUCAACUUCCAACAAUCAUGGACUUCAGGAGAUUUUCCCAGAACUAUCAAAUCUCCAAAUCUGUUUCUCUCCCGUCGUUUGACCCAGUCUCCGCCAAAGUGGAAGGGAAUCUUAUAUUUGAUCCAAGCAGUUACCUUCCCAAAGAAAGCAUGCUGAAAACAACUCUCACGGUCUUUGGACUUGCUUCAGCUGAUCUCUUUGAGAUUGGUUUAGAAGGAAAGGGCUUUGAGCCGACACUGGAAGCUCUUUUCGGCAAGCAAGGAUUCUUCCCAGACAGUGUCAACAAGGCUUUGUACUGGGUCGAUGGACAAGUUCCUGAUCGUGUCUCCAAGGUCUUGGUGGACCACUUUGGCUAUAUCAAAGAUGACAAGCAUGAACAGGACAUGGUGAAUGGAAUCAUGCCCAUGGUGGACAAGUUGAUCAAAGAACUGAAGUCUACGGAAAUCCCUGAAGCCCGAGCCUACCUCCGCAUCUUAGGGGAAGAACUUGGCUUUGUCAAGCUCCAAGACCUCCAAGUCCUGGGAAAGCUGCUGCUGAGCAGUGCGCAAACUCUGCGGGGAAUCCCCCAGAUGAUUGCACAGGCCAUGAGAGAUGGGUCAAAGAACGACCUGUACCUUCAUUACAUCUUCAUGGACAAUGCCUUUGAGCUCCCUACUGGAGCCGGGGUACAGCUGCAAGUGUCCUCCUCUGGAGUCAUCACCCCCGGAACCAAGGCUGGAGUGAGAAUGGAACUAGCCAAUAUUCAGGCAGAACUAGUGGCGAAGCCCUCUGUGUCUGUGGAGUUUGUGACGAAUAUGGGCAUCAUCAUCCCAGACUUUGCCAAGAGUGGUGUCCAGAUGAACACCAACUUCUUCCAUGAGUCAGGCCUGGAGGCUCGAGUGGCCCUGAAGGCAGGAGAGCUGAAGGUCACCAUCCCUGCUCCAAAGAGGCCGGUCAAGCUGUUCAGUGGCAGCAACACGCUGCAUUUGGUGUCUACCACCAAAACGGAAGAGAUCCCUCCUCUGAUUGAGAACAGGCAGUCCUGGUCAACUUGCAGACCUUUCUUCACCGGCAUGAACUACUGCACCACGGGAGCUUACUCCAACGCCAGCUCCACAGAGUCCGCUUCCUACUACCCACUGACAGGGGACACCAGGUAUGAGCUAGAGCUGAGGCCCACAGGAGAGGUGGACCAAUAUUCUGCCAGUGCAACCUAUCAACUCCAAAAAGAAGACAAGGCUUUGGUGGACACACUGAAGGUCCUAGUUCAAGCCGAAGGAGUACAGCAGACUGAAGCCACCGCAGUGUUCAAAUACAAUCGUCAAAGCAGGACUUUCUCCAGUGAAGUCCUAAUUCCAGGGUUUGAUGUUGACUUUGGGACAAUCCUCAGAGUUAAUGAUGAAUCUGCGAGGGACAAAAAUGCUUACAAACUCAUCCUGGACAUCCAGAACAAAAAAGUCACUGAGGUCUCUUUUGUGGGCCAUGUGAGCUAUGACAGAAAGGGAGAUGGCAAGAUCAAAGGGGUUGUUUCCAUACCACGUUUGCUAGCAGAAGCCAGGAGUGAGGUCCACACCCACUGGUCCCCCACCAAACUGCUGUUCCAGAUGGACUCAUCUGCUACAGCUUAUGGCUCAACAAUUUCCAAGAGAGUGGCAUGGCGUUACGACAAUGAGAAAAUCGAUUUUAACUGGAACACAGGAACCAACGUGGAUACCAAAAAAGUAGCCUCCAAUUUCCCUGUGGAUCUUUCCAGUUACCCUAGAACUUUGCAUGAGUAUGCCAAUCGUCUCCUGGAUCAAAGAGUCCCUCAAACAGACAUGACUUUCCGGCACAUGGGUUCCAAAUUAACUGCUGCAACAAACAUAUGGCUUCAGAUGGCAUCCAGGGGUCUUCCUUACUCCCAGAUGCUACAGGAUCACCUCAACGGUCUCUCAGAGUUGAACCUCCAGAAAAUGGGAUUGCCUGACUUCCACAUCCCAGACAACCUCUUCCUAAAGAGUGAUGGCCGGGUCAAAUAUACAUUGAACAAGAACAGUAUAAAACUUGACAUCCCUUUGCCUCUGAGCGGCAAGUCUUCAAAGGAUCUAAAGAUACCAGAGACUGUGAGGACACCAGCCCUGAACUUCAAGUCUAUGGGCUUCCAGCUGCCAUCUCAAGUGUUCCAGCUCCCCACUUUUACAAUCCCCAAGACAUAUCAACUGCAAGUGCCUCUCUUGGGUGUUUUAGACCUUUCCACAAAUGUCUACAGCAACUUGUACAACUGGUCAGCAUCGUACACUGGUGGCAACACCAGCAGAGACCACUUCAGCCUUCGGGCUCAGUACCGCAUGAAGGCUGACUCUGCAGUUGACCUGUUUUCCUACAGCGUGCAAGGUUCCGGAGAAACAACGUUUGACAGCAGGAACACAUUCACCUUGUCCUGUGAUGGGUCUCUGCACCACAAGCUUCUAGAUUCAAAGUUCAAAGUCAGCCACGUAGAAAAAUUUGGAAACACCCCAGUCUCAAAAGGUUUACUAACCUUUGAAGCAUCUAGUGCCUUGGGACCACAGGUGUCUGCUACUGUUCACCUGGACUCUAAGAAGAAGCAGCAUCUGUAUGUCAAAGACCUCAAGGUUGAUGGGCAGCUCAGAGCAUCCUCGUUCUACGCUCAGGGCAAAUAUGGCCUGUCUUGUGAGAGAGACCCUACCACCGGUCAGCUGAGUGGGGAAUCCAACAUGAGGUUUAACUCCACCUACUUCCAAGGCACCAACCAAAUAGUGGCAACGUACCAGGAUGGAACCCUCUCCGUCACUUCUACGUCUGAUCUGCAAGAUGGCAUAUUCAAGAACACAGCUUCCCUGAAAUACGAAAACUACGAGCUGACUCUGAAAUCUGACAGCAGUGGGCAGUAUGAGAACUUCGCUGCUUCUAACAAGCUGGACAUGACAUUCUCUAAGCAAAGCGCCUCUCUACGUUCUGAGCAUCAGGCCAACUACAAGUCCCUGAGUCUCAUCACUCUUCUUUCUGGAUCACUCACUUCCCAGGGUGUGGAAUUAAAUGCUGACAUUUUGGGCACUGACAAAAUAAAUACUGGUGCUCACAAGGCAACAUUAAAGAUCGCACGAGACGGACUAUCGACAAGUGCGACCACCAACUUGAAGUAUAGCCCCCUGGUGCUGGAAAAUGAGUUGAAUGCAGAUCUUGGCCUCUCUGGGGCAUCCAUGAAAUUAUCAACAAGUGGCCGCUUCAAGGAACACCAUGCGAAAUUCAAUCUGGAUGGAAAAGCUGCCCUCACGGAGGUCUCAUUGGGAAGCAUGUACCAGGCCAUGAUUCUGGGUGCAGACAGCAAGAACAUCUUCAACUUCAAACUCAGCCGAGAAGGGCUGAAGCUGUCCAAUGACAUGAUGGGCUCCUACGCGGAAAUGAAACUCGACCACACACACAGUCUAAGCAUUGCAGGCCUCUCGCUGGACUUCUCCUCAAAAAUGGACAAUAUUUACAGUGCUAACAAGUUCUAUAAGCAGAAUUUUAACUUACACCUACAGCCCUACUCUUUUCUAACUACUUUAAGCCAUGACUUGAGGUACAAUGCUCUAGAUUUGGCCAACAGUGGGCAGUUACGACUAGAACCGCUGAAGCUGAACGUGGGUGGUAACUUUAAAGGAACCUAUCAAAACAAUGAGCUGAAGCACAUCUAUGCCAUCUCUUACACCAACCUAGUAGUGGGAAGUUAUAGAGCAGACACUAUAGCUAAGGUUCAGGGCACAGAAUUCAGCCAUCGGCUUAAUGCAGACAUUAAAGGGCUGGCUUCCUCUGUGGAUGUCAUUACCAACUAUAACUCAGAACCACUUAACUUUAACAAUGUUUUCCACUUUGUUUUGAAACCGUUUACCUUGGGCAUCGACACGCACACGAGCGGUGAUGGGAAACUGGCUCUCUGGGGACAGCACGCUGGGAAGCUGUAUAGUAAGUUUCUGCUGAAAGCGGAACCUCUGGCACUCAGCUUCUCUCAUGACUUCAAGGGAUCCACAAACCACGAUCUAGUGUACAAGAGCAGCAUCAGCACAGCUCUUAACCAUGAAGCCACAGCCCUGCUCACACCAGCUGAGCAGACAAGCACCUGGAAAUUCGAAACCAGACUGAAUGACAAGGUAUACAGACAGGACUUUGAAGCCUACAACACUAAAGACAAAAUUGGUGUUGAGCUUAGCGGACGGGCUGAGCUCUCUGAGCCCUCCUGGCCAUUUAAACUACCGUUUUUCUACAGUGAGCCUGUCAGUGCCCUUGACAACUCAGAGAUAAAUGAUGCUGUGGACAAGCCCCAAGAAUUCACAAUUGUUGCUUUUGUGAAGUAUGAUAAGAACCAGGAUGUUCACACCAUCAGCCUCCCAUUCUUUAAAAGCCUACCGGAGUAUUUGGAGAGAAAUCGAAGAAGAAUUAUAACUCUACUGGAAGCCGUGCAGGGAGAAUUGCAAAGCAUCAAUAUUGAUCAGUAUUUGAGGAAAUACAAAGCAGCCCUGAGCAGACUUCCAGAGCAAGUUCAUGACUAUCUGAAUGCAUCUGACUGGGAGGGACAAGUAACCAAUGCCAAGGAAAAACUAACUGCUUUCAUGGAAAAUUAUAAAAUUACAGACAAUGAUGUACUAAUUGCUUUAGAUAGUGCCAAAAUCAACUUCAAUGAAAAACUUUCUCAACUUGAGACAUACGUGAUACAAUUUGAUCAGUAUAUUAAAGACAAUUAUGACCCACAGGUUUUAAAAAAAACUAUUGCUCAGAUUAUUGAGCGAAUCAUUGAAAAGCUAAAAAUUCUUGAUGAACAGUAUCAUAUCCGUGUAAAUCUAGAAAAAUCAAUCCAUAAUCUAUAUGUAUUUGUUGAAAAUGUUGAUUUGAACAAACUUGGUAGUAGUACAGCCUCUUGGAUCCAGAAUAUGGAUACUAAAUAUCAAAUCAGAAUCCAGAUACAAGAAAAACUACAGCAGCUCAGGACACUAAUUCAGACUGUAGACAUUCAACAGCUGGCUGCAGAGUUAAAACAACAGAUUGAAGCUAUUGAUGUCAUGAUGUAUUUCGAUCAGCUGAGAACUGCAAUUCUAUUACAAAGAGUAAAGAACAUUAUUGAGCGUGUCGAAUACUUUGUUAUGAGUCUUAUUGAGGAUUUUAAAGUAACUGAGAAAAUCAAUACUAUAGUCCGUGAGUUAAUUGAGAAAUAUGAAGUAAACCAACAAAUCCAGGUUUUAAUGGAUAAAUUAGUAGAGUUGGCCCACAGUUACAGCCUGGGUGAGACUCUGCAGAAACUAAGUAAUGUGCUACAAGAAAUUGAGAUAAAAGAUUGCUAUGAUAAAUUUGUUGGGUUUAUUGAUGAAACUGUUGAGUGGCUUAAAGCAUUGUCUUUCAAAAAAUUCAUUGAAGAACUAAAUAGAUUUCUUGACAUGUUGGUGAAGACUUUAAAAUCAUUUGAUUAUCACCAGUUCAUAGAUGAAACCAACAGCAAACUACGCGAGAUGACUCAGAGGAUCAAUGCUGAAAUCCACGCCCUUGAACUUCCACAGAAAACGGAAGCAUUAAAACUGCUGGUAGAAGACUUCAAAGCCACGGUCUCCAGCUAUCUGGAAAGACUCAAGGGCACCACAGUAACUGUGUUCUUUGAUUGGCUGCAAGAUGCUUUGGUUCACAUAAAAGACCAUACCCUAGAUGAUGUGCGAGACAUAGUUUAUCAAAUAGACAUUCCAUGGGAACUUGAGCGCUUCUUGUCUCUGGUAAGCCAAGCUUACCAUACACUGGUCACUUACAUUUCUGACAGGUGGAUUCUAACUGUGAAGAACAUUACAGACUUUGCAGAACAAUAUUCUAUCCAAAACUGGGCUGAGCAUGCGAAAGUGCUGGUGGAGCAAGGGUUCACUGUUCCUGAAAUCCAAACAUUUCUGGGGACCAUGCCUGCCUUUGAGAUCAGUCUCCGUGCUCUCCAGGAAGGUACCUUCCAGACUCCUGACUUCAUAGUCCCCCUGACAGAUUUGAGGAUCCCAUCAAUUCAGAUAAACUUCAGAACAUUAAAGAAUGUAAAAAUCCCAUCAAGAUUUUCCACACCAGAAUUCACUAUCCUCAACACCUACCAUGUCCGCUCCUUUACAAUAGAUUUGCUGGAAAUCAAAGCAAAGAUUAUCAGAACUAUUGACCAAAUGCUGAGCAGUGAGCUGCAGUGGCCUCUUCCAGAAGUGUACCUGAAAGAUUUGGGGAUGGUGAACAUCCCUCUUGCAAGACUCACUCUGCCAGACUUCCAGGUACCAGAAAUCGCAAUUCCAGAAUUCGCAAUUCCAAAUGUCAGUUUCAAAGAUUUUCAGGUUCCUGAUCUUCACAUACCAGAAUUCCAGCUUCCUCGCCUAUCACACACAAUUGAAAUACCUGCUUUCGGCAAACUUCAUGGCGUCCUGAAGAUCCAGUCUCCCCUCUUUAUAUUAGAUGCUAAUGCCAACAUACAGAACGUAAGUACUUCAGAGAACAAAGCAGAGAUGGUGGCUUCUGUUGCUGCGGCAGGAGAGUCCAAAUUCGAAGCUCUCAAUUUUGAUUUUCAAGCACAAGCUCAACUCUUGGAGCUAAAGCCUAAUCCUCUGGUCCUGAAGGAAUCCAUGAACUUCUCCAGUAAGUACGUGAGGAUGGAGCAUGAGGGCGAAAUGCUAUUUUCUGGACAGGCCAUUGAGGGAAAAUCAGACACGGUCGCAAGUUUCCACAUAGAGAAAAACACAGUGGAGUUUAAUAAUGGUGUGACUGUCAGGAUAAACAAUCGGCUCACCCUUGACAGCCACACAAAGUACUUUCACAAGUUGAGUGUCCCCAGCCUGGACUUCUCCAGUAAGGCUUCUUUUAACAAUGAAAUCAAGUCACUAUUAGAAGCUGGACAUGUGGUAUGGACUUCUUCAGGGACCGGGUCAUGGAACUGGGCCUGUCCUAACUUCUCAGAUGAAGGCAUACAUUCAUCCAAAGUUAGCUUCACUGUAAAAGGACCCAUUGCCUCCUUUGGAUUGUCUAAUAACAUAAAUGGCAAACACCUAAGGGUCACCCAAAAACUGGCCUAUGAAUCUGGCUUCCUCAACUAUUCCAAGUUUGAAGUUGAAUCAAAAGUUGAAUCUCAGCACGUGGGCUCCAGCGUUCUGACUGGCAAGGGAACCGUACUGCUCAGAGAUGCGAAGGCAGAAAUGACUGGCGAGCACAAUGCUGACUUCAACGGGAAAGUUAUUGGGACUUUGAAAAAUUUGCUUUUCUUUUCAGCACAACCGUUUAUGAUUACUGCAUCCACAAAUAAUGAGGGAAAUUUGAAAGUUAGUUUUCCCCUAAAGCUGACCGGGAAAAUAGACUUCCUGAAUAACUAUGCUCUAUUUCUGAGUCCUCACGCCCAACAAACAAGCUGGCAGGCAAGUGCUAGAUUCAACCAGUACAAAUACAACCAAAAUUUUUCUGCAGUCAACAAUGAACACAACAUGGAAGCCCAUGUAGGAAUGAAUGGAGAUGCCAACCUGGACUUCUUAAACGUACCUUUAACAAUUCCUGAAAUUAGUCUCCCUUACAUUGGGCUCACAACUCCCUUGCUGAAGGAUUUCUCCAUCUGGGAAGAAGCAGGCUUGAAAGAUUUUUUGAAGACAACAAGGCAAUCAUUUGAUUUAAGUGUAAAGGCCCAAUAUAAAAAGAACAGAGAGAAGCAUUCCAUUGUGAUUCCUCUGAGUAUGUUUUAUGAGUUUAUUCUCAACAAUGUCAAUUCCUGGGACAGGAAACUGGAGAAAGUCAGAGACGGUGCAUUGGAUUUUCUUACCACAUCCUACAAUGAAACAAAAGUUAAGUUUGAUAAGUACAACACUGAAAAGUCCCUCACUCGGCCCCUCAGGACCUUCCAAAGUCAUGGUUUCACUAUCCCAUUCGCCAACAUUGACGUAUCUCCAUUCACUGUCGAGACACUGGCCUCCAGCUAUGUGAUCCCCAAAGCAAUACGUACCCCAAGUGUCACCAUUCCGGGUCCUAAGGUCAUUGUGCCUUCAUACAGGUUAGAGCUGCCAUCCUUGGAGCUGCCAGUCCUUCGUGCCCCUGGGAAUCUCCUCAGAUUUUCCCUCCCAGAUCUCAAGAAAUUAAGCACUAUUGACAAUAUUUACAUUCCAGCUCUGGGCAAUUUUACCUAUGACUUCUCUUUUAAAUCAAGUGUCAUCACACUGAAUACCAAUGCUGGACUUUAUAACCAGUCAGACAUCGUGGCCCAUUUCCUUUCUUCCUCUUCAUAUGUCACGGAUGGCCUGCAGUACAAAUUAGAGGGUACGUCUCGUCUGACGCAGAAAAGGGGACCAAAGCUAGCCACAGCUGUCUCUCUCACUAACAAAUUUGUGAAGGGCAGUCACGACAGCACCAUUAGCUUAAACAAGAAAAACGUGGAAGCGUCAGUGAAAACAACUGCCAGCCUCCACGUUCCUGUUUUAACAAUGAACUUCAAGCAGGAACUUAACGGAAAUGCCAAGUCGAAACCCACUGUCUCGUCAUCCAUGGAACUGAACUAUGACUUCAGUUCUUCAAAGCUGCACUCUACUGCUAAAGGAGGUGUGGACCACAAGUUCAGCUUAGAGAGUCUCGCUUCCUAUUUUUCCAUUGAGUCAUCAGCCAAAGGAAAUAUCAAGGGUUCCGUCCUUUCACAGGAAUAUUCAGGAAGUGUUGCCAGCGAGGCCAACACAUUCCUGGAUUCCAGAGGUUCUCGGUCUUCAGUAAAGCUACAAGGAGCUUCCAAAGUUGAUGGGAUCUGGAACAUUGAAGUAGGAGAAAAUUUUGCUGGAGAAGCCACUCUCCCACACAUCUAUGCCACAUGGGAACACAGUAUUAAAAACCAUUUGCACGUAGACAGCUUCUUUGUCACGAAAGGAAAGCAAACGUGCAAAGCCACCCUGGAGCUCUCCCCAUGGACAAUGUCAACCCUUCUACAGGUUCAUGUGAGUCAACCCAGUUCCCUCCUUGAUCUCCAUCACUUUGACCAGGAAGUGACCCUGAAAGCCAAUGCUAAGAACCAGAAGGUCGACUGGAAGAGUGAAGUUCAGAUUCACUCACGGGUCCUUCAGCACAAUGUGAAGUUCUCCAAUGACCAAGAGGAGGUUCGCCUUGAUGUUGCAGGAUCCACAGAAGGACAACUGUGGGAUCUUGAAUCUAUCAUUCUACCAGUAUAUGACAAAAGCUUGCAGGAACUCCUACAGAUGGAUGGAAAGAAACAGUAUCUUCAGGUUUCAACUUCCCUUGUAUAUACCAAAAACCCCAAUGGCUAUCUCCUCUCACUCCCUGUGGAAGAACUGGCUGAUCGGUUCAUUAUACCAGGGCUGAACCUCGGUGGCUUCAGUGGGAUAAAAAUCUAUAAGAAAUUAAGUACUUCACCAUUUGCCCUCAACCUAGCAAUGCUCCCCAAGGUAAAUUUCCCUGGGGUUGAUGUGUUAACACAAUACUCCAAACCAGAGGACUCCUCUGUUCCUGCUUUUGAGGUGACUAUACCUGAAGUUCAGUUAACUAUAUCCCCGUUCACACUUCCAAAGAACUUUCCAGUUGGCAGCGCUGGCUUUGAUCUGAAGGACAUAGCCCAACUGAUUGCAGGUGUUGAUCUGCCUAGCACCACCCUGCCCGAGCAGACCAUUGAGAUCCCAUCCUUUGAGUUCACUGUGCCCACCGGAGUUUUGAUUCCUCUCUUUGGAGCACUGACUGCACACGUUGGGGUGGCCUCCCCUGUGUAUAAUGUCACUUGGAGUGCUGCUUUGAAAAACAAAGCUGACCAUGUUGAAACCUCCCUGGAUUCCACAUGCAGUUCAAUCUGGCAGUUUCUGGAGUAUGACCUAAAAGUUGUGGGAACACAGAAAAUGGAAGAUCGCGUGUUCUUCUAUAAGAACAAAGGAACACUUCAACACCGCGACUUCAACGUAGAGUACAAUGAAGAUGGUGUAUUUCAAGGACUGUGGAUCUGGCUGGGAGAAGCUCACCUCGACAUCACCAGCCCAGCAUUGACUGACCUCCGUCUGUACUACAAAGAAGAUGAGAACAGUCUGUGGGCCUGGGCGGCCUCCCCAGCCAUAGGCGCUGUGGGUCUGGAGUCAAGCACAGAUGACCAGAGGCUGAGGCUGAAUGUGUACUUCCAGCCUCAGUCCCCUCUAGAUAGAAAACUCAACAUAUUCAAGACUGAGUGGAGGUACAAGAAGUCUGAUGAUGGAAGGUACAUCAAAAUUAAUUGGGAAGACGAGGCAGCUUCCAGAUUGCUAGGCUCCCUAAAAAGCAAUGUGCCCAAGGCUACAGCGACUAUUUAUGAUUAUGUCAAUAAGUAUGCUUCUUCAAAGCUAAAAAGAAGUCUGCAGAACAAUGCUGAGAGAGCUAUAAGGACAGUUAAUGAAAUGAACAUGGAUUUCCAGAGGGCAGCCCAUGAUGCUUACCAGGAGUGGAAAGACAAGACCCAGAAUCUGUAUGAAGCAAUGUUGGCUCAGGAGGGCCAGAGCAUCACUGAAGGACUGCAGGAGAAAGUGGUAGACAGCAUAGUAAAUGUUACUCAGAAGUACCACGUGGCAGUCGCGCUUCUCACUGACUCAUUCAUCCAUUUCCUGAAGUACAAUACAUUUAAGCUCCCAGGAAAUGCAGGAACAUACACUGCUGAUGAACUCUGCACGAUGGUCAUGGGGGGGAUGGCAAAGUCACUGUCUUGGCUAUAUUCAAGUGUCCAUAACAGUUUAGAAAAAUUGCUUUCCUAUGUCCAGGACCUAGUAGAGAAAUCAGGUUUGUUCAGUGACAUAAAAUUUAGAUUUCCUUUAGUUCCAAAAGCCAGUGAACUAAAAGAUGUGAUUCUGGAGUACAGGUUGCUCUUAAACAUUUCAUCAGACUUCAUCCAAGGGUACUUCGAAGACUUCCAGCAUGUCAACUUUACAACGAUACUCGGUGAUGUUCAGGUUGUUUUGAAGGAAAUUUUAGGCUACGUAGUAAAAGAAAUUCAAUACCUAUGCAACAAAGAAUCUGAUUGUUUCACUAAUUAUAUCAAUGCAAUCUUCAAAAUACACAUCCCAAGUGCUUUUCAAUUCCUAAAAGAAGAGCUAUAUUCUAUCUUCAGUGAUUUCAAUGACUCUGUUCAAAGUCUACUUCUGGAGGGGUCCUACAAGCUACAGCAGGUCUAUCAUUACAUAAAGGCUCUUCGUGAAGAGUAUUUUGAUCCAAGCAUGGUUGGCUGGACAGUAAAGUAUUAUGAAGUCGAAGAAAAGAUGGUUGACCUGAUUAAGUCCCUCUUAGUUAUCCUUAAAGAUUUCCACUCUGAAUACAGUGCCAGGGCUACUGAUUUUGUUUCCAAUAUCACAACUCAAGUUGAGCAGUUUGUGUCCAGGAAUAUCCAAGAAUAUCUUAGCAUCCUUGCUGAUAUAGAUGGAAAGGGGAAGGAGAAGAUUGCAGAGCUCUCUAUCACGGCAAAGGAAGCAAUUAAAAGCUGGGCCCCUGCAAUGAAGGAAAUCAUUUUUGAUUACCACCAGCAGUUCAGUUCCAAACUGCAAGAUUUUUCAGACAAACUCUCUGACUACUAUGAAAAAUUCAUUGCUGAGUCCACAAGGUUGAUUGACCUGUCUGUCCAGAGCUACCACGUGUUUCUAAGAUACGUCACCCAGCUACUGAAAGAGCUUCAGGUGGCCACAGCCAAUAAUAUGAGUUCCUAUGUAAAACUUGCCCCAGGAGAACUGAUUAUCACCUUCUGAUUCAUUUAUUCAUCUAUUAUAAUUAAACCUUUACAUAGUAGGAGAUGUGAUGCUACUAUAAAAACCAUCCAACUGAGCCAGUCCUGCAGCUGCCAGGAAGUGCAAGAUGCACGUGUGCCCUAGGCAUGCAACCAAGCUGGCCAGAGAACCAAGAAUUCAGGAAGACAUACUUUUACAAGUUAGAUAAAAAUCAAGAUCUGAGUUAUUUUGUUAAGUGUGGGAGGGGUGAGCAAAUAAAUGACUUCUAUAUUGUGUAUCAGA